AAUUUAGCAAUAGUCGAUCGCAUCGUUGACCUUGCACAUCAUCAAAUGUUGUGUUGACAGUAACCGAAGUGUAAUACCAAAACAAUUAUAGUGCAGCCCUCCAACGUGUACCUUGAUGUCAGUCACGCUAGACUAGUUUCACCCUCUUUUAUGUUUUUACCACGAACACAAUUAAGUUGUAAAACAUGGGGCCACCAAGUCCUUUCAAAUCGACAACAGCCGUAUUCUCCUUAGAUGAGGAAAACAACUACAGUAGUCUUAAUACGAUUUCACUUAAUAGAUCUUCGUUUGUGUCUGGGCCGAUGUGUCAGUGUCUUCUUUCCAUGUUAACGUUAGCGAUCAUGGCUUGCUUUGUAUUUUUGUUUCGUGAUUCCAUUUACCAUGUUCUAUUAUGGAUAGAGAAACAGGACACCUGGGUUACAUGCAUCAUGUUUACUGCCCUCUUCACAAUUGUGUCACUUCCUUUAACAUGGGGUUAUAUAUUGCUCAAUCUUGCUUGUGGAUAUUUGUUUGGGAUGUUGGCUGGUAUAUUGGUUGUUAGCACUACAGCAGCUGUUGGUGUGUUUUUUGCCCAUGUAAUCGUGAAGCAGCUCUGCCUUGGAUUCAUUACUACAAAGCUCCUCAACUCCCACAGCCUUCGUGCAUUUGUGAAUGUAAUUUCUGGACCUCAAGCAUUCAAAGUCGUUGCUUUUGCAAGACUUACUCCUAUACCAUUUGGGCUUCAAAAUGCCAUCUUUGCUGGGAGCUCAAUUGGUGUUGGCCGUUAUAUGUUGGCAACAGCAUUGGGACUAUUGCCUACUCAAGUAAUCAAUGUUUAUUUGGGCAGUACAUUAAGAUCGAUGCGGGACGUCCUCACUGACGACAAUACUGCAACCACUGGAUAUGUCGUAUUCUGCAUUCAGGUUGCUAUCAGUAUUGGCUUGAUGACCUAUGUGGUUAGAAGAGCAAAACAAGAGCUGCAAAAAAUUGUGCUGUUGACCACCAACACUCUACAUAAAGUGGAACUCGGUUUGCCCGACGAACCAUUCAGCAAUAAGUGUUGAUUAUUAACAACAUUGACUUCCGACAAAAGAAAGCUUAUGCACUUCAAUGUUCGCAAUAUUCACUCCGUUUGAUAAUUAGUUGAAACGCAUGACUUAUUGUAUUUCAGUGUGUUCAUCACUAUGUAUUUUUUUAGUAAUAAUUCCUGCCGCCCAGUUUCCCCUGAUUGAGCUGGCUCUCAAUUUACAGUUCGUGGGGCACAAUUGCUUUAACUGAUGCGCGAGAUAUUUAUCGUAUUUUUUGUUAACUGACAAAUUGACAAUCAAGCUCUUCCCUUGCAGUGCCUACAGCUAACAAAGUACUUUAACUUUAAGCAAUAUGUUCACCUUGUCUCAGUUUACCCCUCAUAAUAACAUGAAUAGGACUCUGGCAGCAUUUUAUCAAUUCCAUUCAGAUGAUCUAGUCCAUGUUAGGCAUCUGUUCCAAUGUAUUUUUGCGCAUGCAAAUUAUAUGGCUGCUAAUAGGCGGGACGACUCGGGGAAAAAAUAUUGAUAUUCUACCAAUUUAUUUAAAAAUGACCCUUUUAGAGUAAGUCGUGUUAUAUGUCCCAAGGCAAUACACAUAAUUCAUAUUUA